GUUCCAUCACGGGUUGUGGACCGGUGGUGGGGUUCCAUCACGGGUUGUGGACCGGUGGUGGGGUUCCAUCACGGGUUGUGGACCGGUGGUGGGGUUCCAUCACGGGUUGUGGACCACUGGUGGGGUUCCAUCACGGGUUGUGGACCACUGGUGGGGUUCCAUCACGGGUUGUGGACCAAUGGUGGGGUUCCACCACUGGUUGUGGACCAGUGUUGGAAUUCCACCACUGGUGGGGUUCCAUCACGUGUUAUGGACCAGUGGUGGGAUUCCACCACUGGUUGUGGACCAGUGGUGGAACCCACCCAGGACUGUGAGCCAGCGUUGUGUCACCAACAGCCGUGUUGACCAAGCCUGGCGCCACCGGUGCUAGACUAGUCACCUGCAGAAACUAAUUGCCUCCCCAACGCACGACUUGCCUCGAAACAACACUAAAAGUGAAAUUGAAUUUAUACACGAGUUUAACGCAUCGAAACAUCGCUGGCCCCAUUAUUACAGCGGGCGACCUUUGUAGGACACGAAGCGCGGCUCUCAUUGGCCGCCGCUGGACCAAUCGGAGCGCUCCGAGGCGUCCUUGAAGGUCGGAAGAAACAGAGGAAGUGUAGAACGGAAGCUGUUUCGCAUCAGUUGCCGGCGAGGAACGCGAACGUGCGGGUGUGUCAGUCGUGGCUCUUGCCACCUUGAGGCCGCCAUAAGUCAUUCACCGUCAGUAUAAGCCCUUAGACCGCCCCCAGUUGUGGCCGCUACCCACCACGCCCUCCUGAACACCGGCAGGACAACCCCGCCCCUCCUUCCCCACAUCCUCCCUUCUGAACCGGUUUGGUCUCAUUGAAAGUGAAGGUGUACUUUUCCCGUCAUAAUAAACUGGUACUGGAAAAAUCCGAGUGACCCCCAGGGCGCUGGACGCGUGUACUGGUGACCCGAAGUGUUUGGGCUUCUUCCUCCACGACCUGCCAGGACCUCUUGUAGCAUGAAGGUGUGGGUGGCAGUGUUGGUGCUGACGGUGGUCGUCAGCAACACAAACGCCCAGUUCAGGUUCCCAGACCUGCCCUCGCCUCCUGAGAUCUUCUUUGGGGCCUUCAGGCCUCUCUUCACGCGCCCUAGGUCACGCCCACGCUUGCGCCCACGCCCGCAGUUCCGCCCGCCAGGAGCCCCGAUCCUCCCCCAGCAGAGCCAGCGUCCAUCGCUGCCGUCACCACCACGACAGGUGUUCAGGCCGCAGGCUGCACCGCUGCUGAAUAACGAUAUCUUAGUACCGCCUCCUGCCGCCAGGCCCGUCGCUCCACUCCGGCCACCGCCCGAGAUCCUGCAGCGUCAGCCACUGGCCCAGGCGCAGCAAGUCCCAGCUAGUCUUGAUGGAUUUGGGGCACCGCGUCCAGAUUCCCUGCUUAACCCUACAAGACCACAGCUACAGCGGCCACAGCUAUCACGGCCACAACCACAACCACCGCGGCCGCAACCACAACCACCCCGACCGCAACCGCAACCACAACCACCACGACCACAACAACAACCACGGCCACAACAACCACGGCCACAAACAUUCUCUCCAUCGCAGGCCUUCCCUGGCCCACUGCCGGACCCAAGUGACAACAACAUCAUCGGAAUGACUCCUCCUCCUCCUCCAAAACCGGAAAUAAUUACUCCUAAGCCGUUACCUCCCUCUCCAACGUCCCCACUUCCUUCCUUGGUGUCACAAGUUCUGAGCUUGGCCACCCCUCGCCCCCUACGCCCACUAACAGCACCAUCUUCGAACUCUGUAGAGGAGCUCUUAGUGAACCCUGUCCCCGCUGUUAAUGCUGGUGUGCUUCCCCUGGCCAACGAGAAGCCAACGGAACCACAGCUUUUCCCCCCUCUGUCGAAUUUAGCCUGAUCAACAGUCAUCCGGGAGUCUUGAAUCUCUAAAACGUUCAACAAAACUUCGAUUAUUUCUUCGCCUUUCAUAUUGUUUGCUGAUUUCUGUGGAGGGCCGUGACCUGAAGGGUACGCCAUCACAUCGCUAGUGCGUCGUCUAGUGCCACUCACGCUGUACCUGCUACUAGUUCAUAUAGAACAAGCAUGAUCACAAACCAAGCAGGUCCGGACCCAAACGAACGAGUAUGCAAAAGCCAUAUUUUUCUUACUAUAGUUAUUGUUAUUAUUGUAGAGCAUUUGUAAACGAAUUUAACCAAAUAUCACAUAAAACACACACACACACACACACACACACACACACACACACACACACACACACACACACACACACACACACACACACACACACACACACACUGUUGAUUCCAAAUAUAUAAUGUCAAUGUGGAAUAUCAGCUUAAGAGCGAAUCCGGGCCUGCAUGGCCAGUGGUAGUUGGUUUCCCAGUGGUGCGCUGUGGGACCCGCCUCUGUUUUAUCCAGUCACUGAACACGGGAGUCAACUACAGCUUCAAAUUCUAUAUUGAUGUGAGGUCAGCCACCAUAUAGUGAUGUCCUCCUAUAUGGUGGCUGACCCCAGCGAGUCUAGAAGGUUCUUGAUUGUCUUUCAAGUUAUCAACCUCACACACACAGAGAGGAAAAGACGGAAAUUGUUCUAUUUGAGGAAAAUAGCAAGAGUCUCCUGCUACUGCGUGUGCUCACCUAGUUCUGCUUGCGGGGGUUGAGCUUCGGCUCUUUGGUCAGAGAAGAUGGUUACAUCUGUGUGUAACAGAUAACAUAAUAAUAAUAAUAAACAUGGAGCACUGCGGAGACAGGCGGUCCAGAUGACCGGCCCACCACAUGCCAUAGAGAUGAUGCAUAUAAACAAUUAUUUGCCAAUAUCUCAGUUGUAUAAGGAGCUUGAAGGAAACUAAAAAGUAGCUUUUGCUUCUAUGUUGAGACAGGGAAUUCUUCAGACGUUUCUAUACCUGCCGGGCUGAGCCUCAAUGCCUAUCCGGUCAUGGUAGAACUGACGAACUGAAUUACUGAUUAUAAAAUGGAAUGAAGGGUGACUGACACUUUGCCAGAGUGGGAUAUACUAAACAGUGUUAUUCUGAAAAUGUCCGUGAUUAGUGACGUCGAAAUGUUGGCCCCUGGCUUUGGAAUAUUGACCUCAUAUUUAAGAAUCGAAAGCCAAGAUGGAGGAGGUUCUUGGACUAAUAUUCCCAUGAAUCGUUCAAGGCACGACAUGUGCCUUGUCGCAUCCUAAACGUCUGUUGUUUCUGAGAUACUCUGAAUCACUGAACACUUUAACAUCGUAUCCAGUCCCCAGAUAUCGUAUCCAAUCCUCUGCCAUCAUACCCAAAUCUCUGACGUCGUAUUCAAUCUCAUGAAACCGUACCCAGUCCUCUGACAUCGUACUCACAGAUGUGUCUGUCUUACCAGUCAUUUUCUCUCACCUUCACUCGAAUCAUUGUCGGCGAUGAGAGUGACAUCUUCACUAUCACGGUCGAUGCAGUGGUGACCCCGCACAUUCUUAUACGAAUUUAACAAUUAUAUAAAUCAUGAUUUUUGAUGUAACAAAAAAUCACUGAUCAAUAUCGAUUUGGUUAUUCUCAUUCUUGAGAAUAUUUUAGGGCUUUUUAUUCGUCCUCUGAGCGAUUCAUCUGCCUUCUGCACUGGUACUCGUCUAGCUUUAUACUUACCGAAUUCUGUUUGCGGAGGUUGAAUUUCGGCUCUUUUGUCAAACCACUCAAUUUUCAGUCAACUGGUGUAUAUGUUUUUUUAGGUUAUUGGGCUUUAUCACAUUUAAAACUGUGUAUGGAGUCUGCCUCUGUCACCGUACUUCUGAAUGCAUUACUUUUGUUCACUACUCCAACAUUCAGAAAUUUAAAUUUGUAAUAUUUCUACAGCUCAUUGCUUAACCACUUGGGCUGGACGGUAGAGCGACGGUCUCGUUUCAUGCAGGCCGGCGUUCAAUCCCCGACCGUACAUGUGGUUGGGCACCAUUCCUUUCCCCCGUCCCAUCCCAAAGCCUUAUCCUAAUCCCUUCCAAGUGCUAUAUAGUCAUAAUGGCUUGGCGCUGCUCCUGAUAGUUCCCUCCUCUCUGCGGCUCAUUUGGCCACUCUGUUUUCACUUGUAUCCUCUUGUUCAAAUACUAAAUUAUCUGUCCUUGUCUGUCCUAUUAAUUCCCUUGAAAAUUGCGCACGUGGUAGUCAUGUCUCCGCUAACUCUUCUGUAUCAGUUGAAUUGCUCUCUUCUGUACCAUAUUUUAAACGUUUGGUGGCUCUGGCAUCUCUUCUGUGAGUUCCUCUCGACAGUUCUUGCUUGAUGGAAGGCUGUCUUAAGAAAAUAUUUAAUUUUCUUACUGCUUUGGAUAACUGAUCGGUUAUCCUGCCAUUUGCCAAAAUAUACAUAUCCCCGUGAGCGACCCCAAGUGACUGACACUACUCUGUAUCCCUUUGAGAUGUAUUUCUUUCUUGUCUCAAUAAACAUACUUGAACUUGAAAUCUCCACUUCGUGGCGACUAAAGAAUUCUUUGUCUCUCAACAUUGUUUAGGGCUUCAUGCUGAAAGUAUAUUUGUGUAUACUUAUUCAUAUGUUAAAAUUAUAUAUAUUUGCACAUUAUAUGGUUAUCUGAAGGAUAUAUAUAUUAUUGUGAUGCUUACAGUUAAGUAUUAUGUUACCGGAUGUAUGUAAAUAAAAUUAUAUUGUUUAAA